UUGAAAGCUGCCUACCUAGACGGCAUCCUGGGCAUCAUCGGCGAGUACACGCCUGCGUGUGAAAAUGACGCACACGAAAAACGCGAUGGAUGUGUGAAGAUGCUGCGUGACACUUAUCGACUGCAGGUCGCAGGUGCGACUUAAGAUGUGUGUUUUAGUUUCAGCUUUUCACAGCGUGAUGUGAAAACCUAAACGACUUCUUGUAAUCUUGCGAAGAAUUUGAAAGCGUUAUAAAUCGUAGUAAGCGAGCUCUGCUCGGUUCGUUCGAAUGGAUCAUUUAAAUGAACCGAUUCAAUUACGAGUCGAAAUACAUAAGCGGAGUUUUUUAAAUAAUCAUCCGGUAUGAAAUCAGUUAUUAUGAACACUGAAAAAUAAGUUGUUUUAAUAAGUACUGUGUUUCAUAUCGCUGUGCCUGCAAAUGUAAAUACAACAUGUACGUGAUGUAAGUUAAACAGUUAGUCAAAAGACAACGGAGAUUGUCGAAUGUUCCUUUUGGAAAUUAAUUUGCGUUUAUUGACGAAAGUGCUGCUUCCAAUCGGAAACUGAACAAAACAUGUCAACAUGGCUGUGUGCGCGAGUGAAAACGGUUCAAACGGAAAACUUGAAUUCCUUUUAAAGGUACCUUUCCCCACGGAGAGAGAGGCAGUUAUUGCCCUGCGGUCUUUAUCCCCUGAUCCAGAACCUAGAAAAGGAGGAAUCGCCAAAAAUAUGGAUGUUUCAGGACAAACACUGUCUGUGAGAUGGACUGCAGAUGAAGCUCGUAUUCUUCGUGUUUCAGUAAGUUCUUUCUUGGAUCACUUGUCUCUAGUGAUGGAAACUCUGGAUGCAUUCGGAUCACCUGUUUCACAAUGACACUUGGAGAGAAGAACAGGUGAAUGAGAAAAGAUUCAGAUGCUGGAAGAGCAACAGGAGUCACAAGCCGGGCAUUGAUGAUGUCUGAGGGAAAUAUUGACUUCCAUGUGGUCAAGAUGGACUGCAAGGACUUGUCAUUUCAUGGAAAAAGUGUAAUUGAAUAUGCCUUUGUUCUGUUGGUGGAAUUGCGUGCAUCUUGUUGAUUUGUGUCUUUGUCUAGAAUAGCUUGAAUUGGGUUAAAGGUUAAUAGUAAGAUAGACUUUCAAAAACGAAGCUGAAUAUUUUUUCAUUUGAAUAGAGAUUUAUUAAUGGAGAAUUGUUCAGAAAACAAUAUCAAGGGAUGAUUUAACAAUCUCCGAGAAAUGUGUUGGUUGUAUAAAAGAGGAACAAAUGUUUAUUGUAUUCUAUUGGCAGACAUCACUAAGAGUAACUUUUUUUAAUCAUAAUGAUUUACAAUACUGGCAGACAGAAAUAAAGACAACAUGUUAGAAAAAUGACAUGAUUUAAGAAGUUGUUGGGAAUCGAUUUGUGAUUUCAGAUAUACUUCAUAAUUUAGCCUUUUAGUUAACAUGUGGCUUUAGAUUUUAUGCGACCUGGUACAUCAAACCUAUUAUUUGAUCAAGUUUAGCCCCCUAAGAGAUGUGUUUUUAGGGAAAUAUACAAUUACAUUUUAAACCAAAUAAUUAAACAGCUCAAACAUUUAAGAUGAUUCGUUCAUUAAAACUGGGAAAUCACUCAUUCAAGUGAGAAGAAAUGCGGGUUGCAUUGCUAGUUUAAAUAAACUGAUUGUACUUCAUACAUCUCAGCUCCUCAAAACUCUCAUGUGACACUGACACAAGGCAUCCAGCUUGUAGCAGACGAGCACCACAUGCAUGAUGCUAAUCGGGGCAUCCUCAGGCACUAACAUCAAAACAUUUUCUUUGAGCCUCGGCAGCUAAUAAACUAAUAAAUGAACCUGAGGAUUUUAAUAUU